CUCCAAACACGCUGGUCUCGUGGAAGAUGUUCCUGCCUGCGGCAGGGGGUUGGAACGAGAUGGCCUCCAAGGUCCCUUCCAACCCAGACCGUUCUGUGCUUCUUCCCCCCGCUCCCCCCGUUCCCCCUGCUCCCGUUACCUGGCCGGGCCGCGUGGCGAACCCCAGCAGCACCUGCUCGUAGCACCCCGCUACCAGCUCCAUCCGCCACCGCACGACGCCGCCCCGGGGCUCCCGCCGGCUCUUCCGCCCGUCCGCCGCGCUGCCUGCGCCGCUCCGCGCUGGCCCCGCGCUGGCCUCCGGCAGUGCUCGCUCCCUGCGGGUGAGGAGAAUCCCGUGGGAGCCGCCGCGGAGCGGGAAGCGCCGGAGGUAGCGGCGAGGGGUCAGGCUGCGCGCGGGGCAGCCCGCGCAGGGGGGGCCUCGCGGGGCGGAAGCGGCGCUGGCGGUGAUGGCGGCGGGGAGGACGAGAGGCUGAAAAGGUGAACAUUGGACAGGGAGGCGUAUGUUUUUGCAUAAAAGUUGGUGAUAACCUACUGAGAAGCAGUUCUGUCACUUGCCUCCUGAUAGCCUCUUGCAACAAGAGCACUCUGUCGUGCGUGCCAUCUUCCAUCAGUUCUGCACGAGUGAAAAGUGCUGAAGGAGUGUAAUAAAUUGAACCUGCGCAGUUUUACUGUUCGAGAAAGACAGAAGACAGUUUGAACCAUGGCAAGCCAGGCGUUUUCCCCAGAGGCUGCUUUCCCUCAUGGGAGGCGGAGGGAGAAAUGGGACCCCAGGCUUCUUUCAAGGGCAAGGACUUGAUGGCAAAAAAAAGAGAAUGUCUCCAGGCCUACAGCUGGUGGAGAACACCCCAGAAGAAACGGAAGAAAAAGAACAAAAUAAAACCCGGAAGAAUAGAGUUUGUCCCUAGUAGUACUAACACAACCAGACCAGACUAUUCAAUAUUUGUUGGGGAGCUGACUCCAGAAGUAGAUGAUUUUCAGCUCUAUGACUAUUUCCUAAAGAGGUACCCUUCAUGUAUUGACUGCAAAAUAGCAACAGACCUGCUAGGAUAUUCCAGACUGAAAGCAGAAUUCCAGCGGUACCAGUCAUACAACUAUAAUGAUUAUUAUCAAGAUUAUCAGAACUACUAUUCACAGUGGAAUUACGAUCCUUAUGCUGACUACAACUACAGCUCCUAUACUCCCUAUGAUAGCAUGCAAGCUGUUGGAGACUGCUCUUUAGGAGAUGCUGUUAUGGCUCCAGCUGUUUUUGAGGAAGCUUCAGCUAUGACUGAAAUCAAUGAUGACCUAAUAACUGAAGAUCCACAGCUGUACUUGGAUGUUGAUGAAAUGAACAGACAAUUUAUGGAGACAAGUGAAGAACUCUAUGAUGCCCUCAUGAAUUGUCACUGGCAGCCUCUGGAUACGGUCACUUCUGACAUCCCCUCUGCUAUUUAAGUGUCUUAUAUAGCAUGACCGUUAUGACCAAGGUGCUAAAAUUACAUUUCUUCUACAUUACUCUAGAUCAUAAGUUUUAAAGCACAAUGAUAGGUUGGGGUUUUUUUUUGCUAUGCUUUUGGCAGUUUCUGUAAACUUUUUCUUUGUUUUGUUUUGUUCAUCACUUGGAGCAUCUUGAAAUCAUGUAAAUAUUCUAGAAAUAUUCUAGAAAUGUAAAGAGUUCAAUGGGGUCUAAAGAUAGACUUGCCUGUGUAAAUAAAAUUUUGUUUCUGCAAACUGGCCAGCAAGGGAUUUUACUUAUGUAUGCGAAACACUUUCUCCUUCUGGCUUGUGGAGCUUAGCUGGAGGCAGUAGGGAUAUUUCACUUGUCUUUGGUAUGGGCAUCAGCACUAGCAAGAGCAAGCUCUCACAUACUCCCAAGAUGUCUAGGCAAUCUUACAAGCUUUUACUCUUAACAUGCUGUCCAGUUUGAACAUACAGAAGGGUAAACUCAGAACUGCUGUAGCUGCAAACAUUCCAAAGACUAAGGAUGAUACCUACUGAUAAUUUUAUUUCUACCCUUCUUGUUAGUCUUCUCAUCUGACCUUUUACAGCAAAGAAACUGGUAUAAUAUAAUACCUGUUCUUACACGUAAAAAUCCUUGGAGAAAACCCUGUGGUUUAAAGAGGGAAGAAAAACCCAUCAGGAAUUAGAGUAUCCCAGUAUCCUCUUCAACUAAGUUGCACCUAUCCUAAACAUCUGUUAUUUGUUCAGUCUUCAUGCUCAGAUGUUUCACAGUGAUGAGGUCUAUAACAUUUUAGGAUGACAGCUCUCAGUAUUCGAGUCAAAAGAGGUUAGGGGAGAUGGCAAUGAAGAAAGUUCUGCUUUAAGACAGGAACUUCUGAGUGGCUUCCUCUAAACUACUAUUAUCUGAAAGGGUAUAAAGUAUUUUCCAGUCAUAGGGUCUUAAGCUCCUGUUACUGCUUAAUAUACACAAUGAAAUAAAUUCAGGCUGGAAACAAAAGAAUACUUUUUGAAGAGAAAAAGGUAUAAAUAAUCAUAUAGCUAAUACAUGUGAAAGCUACUAAAGCUACUGAAGGCAUUUUGGUACUGAUGUGUGUUUUGGGGGCAGUCUAAACCAUAAUUGCUAGGAUGGCAGUUUUUUUUUUUCCUUUAAUGACUUAAUUACAUUGAAGUGGUGGUCAUAACCUAUAUGCUGUUCUUAAAUGUGAAUCUAGUACUGCAUUGCAGAGUGAUGACUUGGCACAGCAGGUCCCUUCUACCUGCUCACCAGAAUCUCCCUCUUUUCACAGUUUAAUUUCAGCUGGGAUUUUUAAGUCCCACCCAUGAAAUAGAGAUGCACUAAACUAGAAAGGUCUUCUGGUGUGAUAUAGGAACUUCAUUCUUCCUGAAUUUUGUGCAUUGCAUAUGUAGAAAGAGAGCAAACAAAAGCCGUUAAUUUAGGCAGGGAGAUUACUAUCACAGUCUUAGAAUGUUUUCCUGCUUUGGAGAGAACUAGUUGCAAAGUGGCUGAAAACUGGAAUUUUGUAUAUGAACGUUUCCCUGAUGUGAACUGGUCAGUCUUUGGAGAGUCACAGUAGAGAGAUUAUUAAUGGGAAUGUGACAGAAAGUGGAAUAAAUGAAGCAAAGAGAAUCUGGAUGGGGAAGGGAAUUGUGUGUCUGUAUAGAAUUGUUUCGCAGGAUUGCAGAAGGAGGAAACUGAAGAUAGUAGAUGCAGGCCGCUUGAAUUUGGAUGUGGGGGUCUUAAACUUUAAAAACCAUGCUGGAUUUGAUGUCACUUCAGUUGUAGUGCACAGUUGUGGUGCCUGAGCCUGGUAAUACAAGCCAGUUGCUAGGCAAAGGAUUUUGUAUCUAGCAAGCACCGUCAUCACAAGCUGGGAGAUUAUAACCCAGGCAGAGACCUGGAAACUUCCUGCUUUGAAGUGCAUAUCCUGCUUUGCAUAGCAUUACCUAACACCAUACUUCACUUGCAGCAAGUAAUUUGUGGGAACCUUUCAUUGUGUUAUCAGAUCCUAAGGGUGUAUGUUGGCUUGGUAGAAAUACUAUAGAGUAUCCACUGAUUUUUAGCUUUUGGAAGGUUGAUCCACGUGUGAAUUAUGUAAUAAGGAGCCCAUGUAGUUGUGUGAUUUCACUUCGAUCAGCACUGUAUCAGCACAGCACAUAAACCUCAGAGUCUGUAGUCACUAUAUUUAUGCAGAUUUUACAUCUCAGCAAGGUCUCCAAACUCUGCAUUAGAGAGUCUUUUUGGACAUGCACCUUCUGGUUUGGGCUGUAAAGUACCCAUAUAGUGAAAAUACUGUUUAUGCAAUGUAGUGGGAGAGGUUGUUUGGGCCAUUAUUUGUGCAAACCUGAGAGAUGUUGGGGAAUAUAUUUUCUUUAGUCAGCACAGAAGAAAAGUGAGGUGAAGGGGGAGUCUGCUGGUUGCAGCCUAUGUGAUAGUGCUUUAAAUAGCUCUCUUUGUUUUCUGUCUCCUGAGCCUUUCUAGUCUAUACUGCUUACCAGUUAGGAGUGCAUAUGUGGGAUCAAGAUACUGUGUGCAGCACAGUUCUUUACUGUAAAUGCACACUGAGAAAGCUUCUGUGUUGGUGUAAGCACAAAUUUGGGGAAAAAAUGAGUGCAUCAGAUCUGCUGGCAUUCAUUGCUGAGACUUUUAAUUGAGGAAACUUCCAGUGCUGGUCCAACUACUGCCUGAAUUAGCAAGCUUACACAAAGACCUGAACAUGUCCAUCAUACAGAUGCCUGCUCUCAGUUCUACAAAGAGCCGAUUGCAGUAGAAAUAUAAAAAUAUUUGGAGCAAUGUUUUCAACACCAUCUAUUUCACUUUGGUUGUGUUCUGUCUUUCUUACCCAGAUGAAAUGUUGUGGGGUUUUUUAAGUCUGAUGAAGGGGGUUUUUUUGAAGAAUCUUAGUAUUGGUUUUAUAAACUCUUCAUUGUACCUAGCUGUGAUAGAUAGUGCCUUUACCUAAAACCCACUUAUUUCUUGAAGAAGAGUAAUGUUUUUGUUUUCCACUUCUCUGAACAGAAAAGCUUUAGUACCGUGGUUUGAGGGGCUAAUGAUCCUGCAGUCAGUGAACAGGGAGAAAAAAACAGGCUAAAAACCAGUGAAGACUGAAGUGUUCAAAAAGGUUAAAUGGUACUUAAGCCGUGAAUGUUUCUUUUUGCAGGGAUGCUCUUGGACCAACAGCUUCUUUCUAGUGCUACCUCAAAGUAACUUGCAGAUAUAACUCACAGGGAAGAUUGAUCAAAUGGUGAUGAUCACUGUCAUUCUGCUGGAGAUAUAUAUAUAUAUUUGCCUUUUGUUUUGUCUCAUUUUUAAUGACAUUUAUUUAACUUCAGUGACUCACAUCAAUAGAUGUUGUUUGACUACAUCAAAAAGUAUUUCUGAGUCAUGAGUUUCUUUAAAGAUAUGUCACCAUAUGGAAAUUGUUCUAAAUAGGUAAAAUAAGUAAAUAAAGCAGCACUUGAAUUUACAGAGCAAAUGUCUAGUGUAGCUGCAUUUGACAUGUAUGUGGAAGAGAAAAUUGUGUUUACAGCUUACCUUAAUAUUCUCAGCAUGCAUGAAAAAGGAAGCUUGUUUUAAAUUUGUUCAGCUCCUACCUGACCAGCACUGGAAUGAUUUUAGUCAGUUCUACACACAGGUACCAUUUUAGAAGCCCCCAUUGUCACCAAUGAAUGUAUGUUACCAACUGGCACAGUUUCUAUCCCCUCUGUAAAUCUAGCUCUUCCCAUCAUGGAAACACAUUAUGCUAGCCUUCCUUCCCCUCCUCUUAAGCUGAAA